AUGGCUCCAUACGAAUCCCUAAUCUCCUUCACCCUCGACUUCACAUGCCCCUGGACCUACCUCGGCAAGCAACGCCUAGAAAAGGCCCUAUCACAAUACCAGCAGGAGCACCCGCCCUCUCCGGACAGCGCAGUCAAUUUCACCCUCACCUUCCUCCCGUACCAGCUGCAGCCGGCCUUUCCGGCCGACGAGGAGCGGGACAGGCGGCGAUGGCUGAGCGAGCUGCACCACGGCGGCUCGGAUGAGGCCACGGCGGCAUUUGCGGAAAAGAUGGCGGCCCUCGGCGCCGAGGAUGGGAUAGCGUUCAAGUCGCUGUCGAUGGGCGUGGUUGCCAACACACUCGAGGCGCAUCGUGUGUUGCACUGUCUGCAGGAGCUGCAGAAGUCCGCUCAAGAUGGGGGAGCAAUCGAGCCGGCGAGGUUUGUGGACAGCGUCUACGAGAGCUAUUUUGAAAGUGGGUGCAGUCCCAGCAGUAGGGAGACUUUGAUGGUGGCCUGCAAAACGGCGGGCGUGUCUGGUGAGACGGCUGCGGGUAUUGUUGAUGGCGACGAGGGGCUGGCCGAGGUAAAGAUGUUGAUGCGGGAGCAGAAGAUGAAUGGUGUCGAUUCUGUUCCGUAUGUUGUUUUUGAGGGGCGCAAGAGGGACUUUACUCUGGUUGGGGCAAGGUCUGUGGAAGAGUAUGGCAAGACUUUGGCAAACAUUGCCAAGGAGAGCUUAUAG